AUGCAGCGUACACCAAGCGACAGCGGCGAGUCUACCCGCGGCGGAGGCACAAGCAGCUCCCAACCUGGCACAAGCACCUCAUCCUCCUCUCGUUGCACCUCACCACGCUUCCCCAUCACCCGCCUCGAGGCCGCCGACCGAGCAGAAUGGCAAAGCAGUACCAUCGGACGCAAUUUCAACCCCGAAACCUCUACCUCGGCUACUAACGACUCCACCCAAUCCUCCACCCCUACAACCUCAGCACCACCCCCUCGAGCCUACCACAGCCUAAACUAUGCACCACGACAACGAACCUCACUCCGCCCGAACGCAGCUUCCAUCUUCCAAUCUCACUCAUCACAACUCUCACAAGCAGCACCUUCACCUUCACCUUCAACCCGCUCUUCACCUUCAUACCCCACCAUCUCCCUCCCAGAUGCCGCGGCUCCACCACCACGCGAUAGUUCGCACAACGACACUGCUGUAGCUUUAGCGAAAAUGCAGUUGCAACAGAUUCAAGACGAAGCGCGCCGAUUGGGGCUUAACGACAAGUCUGCCGGUUGGCUCAUAUUGGAAGCUCUUCAAGCAGCUACUGAUGGAGAAUGGGCCUCUGUUGCCGAGUUGCUAGCGAAUGGUGAAGCGACAUUGUUACUGCCCCGGGAUGCACCGAGUAUAUUUACGAGUUCGAAUCAGAUUAGUGCGAGCUUUGCGUAUGACCAUACACUAUUCGCUCUCUCGACGAAACAAGAAUCUGCGGCGCUAACACUUUCUGGUCUUCGAGGCACUCUUUUACCGACUUCAGAACAAGGAGAGGUAGAGCUAGUAAUGCAGAGCUUUCUUACCAAACCAAAUUCAAACCUCAAAGACGCAACCAUAAGGCAACAAGUGAUCGAGCGGCUUUCACCAUUGCCGCAUCUAACCGAGGUAGAGGGAGUCAAGUAUCCCAGUUUCAAGUUGCGAGAGAGAAACACUGCUUUCCCUUUGCCUUUGUCGAUCAAUGCAAGUAAGCACAACAGUCAAGGUGGCAGGGCGAGAUCAAAUUCAAAGUUCAACGCAGCUGGAUCUCGAGCUUCAGCGUCAUUCGCAAGUAUCUUUGGCGGUAGUGGGAGGGAGAGAAGACGACAACAACUUCAGGCUGGAACUGUGGGGGAGGAGAUGGUUGAUGCUCAGAGACUCUCGCCUAAUGCUGUUACACCUCAGGAGAACUGGGAUACCGAACCAUCUUGCACCCUGGGCCUUGAGAUCUCAGAAAGCGCCCGAAGCCAAUCAAGUAUAGAGGCAAACGAGAAAGGAAGAAGAACAAUUUCAGUCUGGGUAGUAGACCAUCUCGUCCGGCGAUCUUCAGUGAUGCGUGGGAUAAGAAAGACUCUAGAUGCGAGAAUCAAAGCUCGUCUUGCGCACAAAGGAAUAGAAGAGGAUGUGAGGCAAGUGGUAGCGGCCUUUGCUGGUUCAUUUUUGCCUCCCAUCCAUUCCGUUAGGUCUGAAGGCGGAGGAGGCCAGAGGGUAAACUCGCCGGUCAAUGUUGCUAACCCGGCGUACUUGGUCGAUGCUGAGGAUUUGGCCUCGAUUUUUCAGGAUCUAUUCCUUUCAGUUCAAGAUCAGCUAGAUAAGAUACACACUUCAGCUACUAAGCAUGAAGAAGAAGAGGAACAAGAUGCGGCAAAGCAAAUGCAUGCAAAGCUAGAAACAAUCGAAGCAGUAUUAUGCGAAGAGGUAUACGAUCGAAUCUUCAACCCAACCACUUCCAAAGAUGACUUUAAAGAUCAUACCUUGUCUUCGCGUAUUGCUGCCUUGAACCUUCUCGGUUUAUCGAUGAGACAUCUAGGAUUAGAUCUCCCCGAACCCUCCUCAACUGGUGCAGAAAAGGUUUUCCUGGAUCAGCUAGAAGCUCUAGUCUCAGCAUGUGGGUCAGAGCUAGCAAAACUUCAACAUCGCCGUUCUCCCAGAGAUAAACUCGAUGUUUUGAUUGAGUCUCAUAAAGUUCUCGUCGAGGGGCUAGGCAAACUUCCCAAAAUCCACCUUGUUGGUACUAGCGACGAGAAUCAAGCAGCAGGAGGAAAAGAAGGAGGAGAAGGGACAAGCGCAGAUCUCAUCCUACCGAUUCUGAUUUACAGUAUAGUCAGGUCCAAUCCGCCCAGGUUGGCGAGUAAUUUGUUAUACGUCCAGAGGUUCAGGCGAGAGUCGUUGAUGAGGGGGGAAGGCAGUUAUUGUUUGGUGAAUGUGCAAGCUGCCGUGGUGUUUUUGCAAGGGGUGGAUGUCAAGCAUUUAGGUUUGGACGCUGGGGUUAUUGGUGGGCCAUUGAAAGUCGAUGAUGCCGAGAAGGAGUGCAAGGGCAGUCAAGGUGUCGAGGGGGUUAAAGAGGCAGGGAGAGGAGGAACAGGGAGAGGAGGAACAGGGGGAGGAGGAACAGGGGGAAGGGGGUUAUUGAGAGGACGAGUAGCGCAAGAGAUAGGAGAAUUGGCAGCUGGAGUUAUGGGUAGUGGUGUAGGAGUUUGGGGGCGGAGGAUGAUGGGUGCUUAUCCACCGCCCGCUCCGCCUGCCAAUGGUGGUGACACUGCGGCGAUUUCAACAGAGUCUACAGAGACCAGUAGACCGACACUGGGCAGUACGACAUGGAGCAAUAGCUCCCUCCCCAACGUCAAAGCUACUGAUUACACGGAUGUUGGGGAACAGACAAAAGAUAUCGCCAGCACGCCCACCGAAGGAAAGCCUAGUAUUGGAGACAGACUAGCAAGUCUCUCCAUGCUAUCCCGUCUAGGCUCCUCACCUUCAUCUACCUCGCUCGGCAUCGGCAUCGGUCUCGGUCACCCCUCAGAUGCUCCCACCUCUACCGCCACCAGUAGUGCAUCUCCAUCCAUCGCCUCGCCCCGCAUCGUAUCUCGUGAGCUGCCCGGCCCACCACCACCCUCCAAACCGCAGUUGGGUAGAACAACAUCUUACCUAGCUGCUCAACUAAACCGCAUCACCGGUACACCCAGAUCUGCAUCCUCAACUUUCCUCGCUCCUGCAGUAGCAAUCACUACAGAAGAAAGACGAGGAGCGGAGGAGGAGAGGGAAUUGCCGGCAUCGCUAAGGUCUCCUUACCCACCCCUCAGCAAACCGCCGAGCGAGGAUAGACCAUUACAUGUGGUCCUAGUCAGCACGGGUAGUGUGGCGAGUGUCAAGGUGCCUUUGAUGGUGGAAGAGUUACUGAGAUAUAGGGGAGUGAGGGUGAUGGUUGUUGCUACUGAUAACUCACUGCAUUUCUACGACAAGGAACGAAUACAGGAGCUCAAUCGAGAAUACUCCUCGCAAGCGCAAGCGGAUGAGGUGUACGGUGUGGGUCAUCUGGCUGCGGAAAACCUUGCCGCAAGUCAAAACUCAUCGCCAAGCGAACACCUACCAAGGGCUAAGGUCUGGACCAACACCGACGAAUGGACGAGCUUCACAAAGAUAGGAGAUCCCAUCCUACAUAUCCAACUACGGAGAUGGGCAGAUAUAGUGCUGGUAGCCCCGUGCAGUGCUAAUACGCUGGCCAAGUUGAAUGCUGGGAUAUGUGAUGAUUUGGUUACAUCCUUUCUGAGAGCGCUACCCCAGCCUACCACUUCGCACUCUCCUUCGGUGGUGUUAUUCCCAGCGAUGAACACUCUUAUGUACCUCCAUCCGCUCACUUCGCUGCACCUUGCAACAGUGAGGCAGGUUUUGGGGUAUGAAGUCAUGCCUCCGAUCGAAAAGAAGCUGGCUUGUGGAGAUUUAGGUACGGGUGCCAUGGUCGAAUGGAGCGAUAUUGUAGGCUUGGUGGUCGACAGAUUUGGCCUGGUGAAGCUUGAGCAGAUACAAACGAGCAACGAGCAAGAGGUGAAGGAGAAACCUGUCUGA